AUGCAUACUUCUUUGUCUGUUUCCUCUUCAUCGGUUUCCUCAUCACAAACUCUCCCACAAUCGCAGCGAUAUGUUCGUCCGCGCGGGCUGCGGAUAUGGAAUCUUUUCAAACAAUGGCUGCCUAUCUUUGCGUACGGUGUAACCAGCCUUGGAUUUAUCUUAGCUAUCGCAUUUUGGAAGACUGAGGUUUUCGAUGGUCUUGAGCACCUGUCACGCUGGUUGCGAAACGAUGAGCACUUCGGCUAUGCAGUGUUAUUCUGUCUCAUCUUUAUCACUACAUUUCCCCCUCUCCCACUGUAUUCCACGCUGAUCACAUUAUCGGGAUAUACAUUUGGGCCGUGGACUGGUGCUGUUAUCUCGUAUUGUGCUGCCCUUUCUGGUGCUGUCGUCGUGUUCUGGUUAUCACGAACGUUCUUGCGCGAGCCAAUUGGUCGUUGGCUUUCCUCGACCCGCACUCUAUCCCGCGCAGUCCGAGCUGUCGAACGCAAACCCCAGCUAUUAUUCCUUGUCAGACUUGCACCAUACCCAUAUAAUGUGCUCAACGCACUUCUUGCGGCCACGCCGACCCUCACCAUGCGGACCUAUGUGAUUUGCACGGCUUUGUCCCUUUUCAAAGUCAUCAUUCACACUAGCAUCGGUGCAGGAAUUCGCUCGUUCAGUGCCAAGAAAGAAUCCGAUGUUCAGGAGGAAGAGGAUGAUAUCUGGAGCAAAGUCUGGACUAUUGGCGGAAUCUCUUUGUGCGUUGCACUUUUCAUCUACAUCAGUGUGGUAGCGCGCCGAGCGGUGGACGAUGAGCUUGACGAUGAGAUUCCUGGAAGUGUAUCUGAAGAAAGAGUGGCAUUCUUAGAUGCAGAGGAUGACGAUGUCGGAUCUCGAGCAAUACGGUUACCCCUGACUUUGCAGCCGCAGAGCAACAUGAGCGAGGCACAACUCGUUUCGCCACAUCGCGUCGUGUCCGGUCUUCCUGCAGCCUAG